CUUUCCCCGACUGUUUCUCUCGACCACAUCUGCAAUUGAUCUCUUCACACAUUUCUCUCCUCUCAUAUACUAGAUAAUCAGUAAUUACUCUCAAUAUGUUCUCCCGCCAGUGCUCCCGUCUCGUCUCCUCCCGCACUGCCAUCCCUCUGACUUCCUUUCUUGCCCGCGGCCGUCCGUUCUCCGCAACCGCAACCUCGGCAUAUGAGCACAUCCUCACCUCGACUCCCAAGCCGGGCGUAGGACUGAUCACCCUCAACCGCCCCAAAGCCCUCAACGCGCUCUCCAGCCCACUCUUCGAAGAACUCAACGAUGCCCUAACCACUUACGACACGGACAAAGACAUCGGCGCGAUUGUCAUCACCGGCAGCGAGAAAGCCUUCGCAGCCGGCGCCGACAUCAAAGAAAUGGCCCCCCUAACGUUCUCCUCCGCAUACAGCAACAACUUCAUCGCCCCCUGGUCGCACCUCGCCAACGCAAUCCGCAAGCCCGUCAUCGCCGCCGUCUCCGGCUACGCCCUGGGCGGCGGAUGCGAACUCGCCCUCAUGUGCGAUAUCAUCUACUGCACGUCCACCGCGACUUUCGGACAGCCUGAGAUCAAGUUGGGGGUUAUUCCCGGUGCGGGUGGAUCGCAGCGGCUCACGAAGGCCGUCGGGAAGAGUAAGGCGAUGGAGUUGAUUCUGACGGGGAAGAACUUCAGUGGAAAGGAGGCGGGAGAGUGGGGGGUUGCGGCGAGAGUGGUGGAGGGAGGUAAGGAUGAGGUGGUGAAUGUUGCGGUUGAGACGGCGGAGACGAUUGCGGGCUAUUCGAGGGUUGCUGUGGUGGCCGGUAAGGAGGUGGUAAAUAAGGGGUAUGAAGUUGGGUUGAGGGAGGGAGUGGAGUUUGAGAGGAGACUGUUUCAUGGAUUGUUUGGGAGUAGGGAUCAGAAGAUUGGCAUGACGGCGUUUGCGGAGAAGAAGAAGCCGGAGUGGUCGAAUGAGUAAGUGGAUUGGACUGUAUAAUGGGUUGGUCUCGGAGAUGUCAUGAGGAACCUGUCAAUUGUCAAAGUAGUAACAUCAAGCCCACCUAACGACUCGUAAGCAUGAGAAUGAAUCAUUAAUCGUCU